GAUUUCUUCCACUUCUACUAUCUAUAUGACGAGAGAAAAAGAGAGCCAUGCAUAUGCCCGGGGCCCUGUCGACGAGAAAAAAAAAUGAUAAAGCUUAGCCAACCGAACAAGGUUGAGCCGUCCCACAUAGUACGGUGCACCGUGUGUCACACCGUCCAACUCAAGCGAGCCUGAUUGCCCGGCCAUGUUCCACCCAAAACCGCGCUGGAAUCUCGGCCAAAACGAUCGAAAUCCACCCCCUCGAUCCCACACGCACAGCAGCCACAGCUCCUAUAAGACAACCCGCGCUGUCGCGCUCCCUUGCCACCAGCCACUAGCUAGGACGUCGCUGCUUGCUUCCACGCCUCCUUACGGUUUAUCCAAGCACAGCGAGAGACCUUUGCGCGUGUGCGCUCUCGUUCGGCGGCAUGCUGACGAGGCGCCACGGAGGGUUCCGGCUCGGCCGGAAGCUGCUCAGCGUCUGGCGCUGGGCGCUCUGCCGCCGCCGGCGCCGCCGCGGCCGCGGGUACCUCCGCCUGCAGCCGUGCCAACGAGGAGGAGGCACCAACAAAUCCCCGUCCCCCAUGGCGGCGCAUGCAGUGGUGAGCAUCAAGAUGAUGCAGCAGCAGCAGCAGAAGCACGACGUCUCUGCUGGCUCCCCGCGGAUGCUCACGUGGGGGCGGUCGCUGGCGCAGCGGGUGAGGCUCCUGCGCCGGCGCGGGGAAGGAGGACGGAAGGACCGGCUGCUGGAGGACGCCGCCGCGGAGGCCACCACGCCCAAGGGGCAGGUGGCCGUGUACGUGGGCGGCGGGGGCGAGUCGAUGCGCUACGUGGUCCCCGUGGUGUACUUCAACCACCCGCUCUUCGGGGAGCUGCUGCGCGAGGCCGAGGAGGAGUUCGGCUUCCAGCACCCCGGCGGGAUCACCAUCCCGUGCGCGGCCUCGCGGUUCGAGCGCGCCGCCGCCGUGGCCGCCGCAGGCGGAGGCGGCGGCGCCGGGAAGAAGGUGCCUUCUGUCUGGUGGUAGCAGCACGUGGCCACCCGGUGGCCGGUGUACAUACAUACACACGUGCAUGCCCAUCAGGAUCAGGCGGGCCUCAGCCGGUCAGCCGGCCCUCAGGACUCAGGAGGAUCCCGAUCGAUUCCCAUGGGCCAUGGGGACUGACGAUCCUUCUAUAUUUUUUUUUCUCUCUCCUUCUCGUUAGUUUGACUUUUCCUUUUUGCCCUCUUGCGCCGUUUGCUUGUGUGGAUUGAGCAUGUGCAUGGGAUGCGAGGAGGAUGGAUAGUUGUAGUUUGUUUGAGAGAUGAACAAGGCUUUUUUUUUUAAUUUAGGGUCAGCAUAAACAUGUUCCCAUUCCCCCCCAACUUGCAAAGUCCAUCAUCAUAUAUAUCCAUUUAUUAGAGAGCAUCUAAUAUGUA